GACCAAACCAAACCGGCCAAACCCCUUGGGCCGCUAAAACCCUAGCUCUCUCCCGCCGCCGGCGAGAGUCCGCGGCCAUGGAGCACCUCCGGUGGCGCCCCACGGUGAACGAGCGCGCAUUCAUCGAGCGCUCGCUCGAGUCCGACCUCCGCGUCGACGGCCGCCACUCCUUCGACUUCCGCACACUCAAGAUUACCUUCGGCAGGGAGGACGGUUCGUCGGAGGUGCAGCUAGGGGAGACACACGUGCUCGGCUACGUGACCGCGCAGCUGGUGCAGCCCUACAGGGACAGGCCGAACGAGGGGACGCUGGCCAUAUUCACAGAGUUCUCGCCCAUGGCCGACCCCGUCUUCGAGCCUGGGCGUCCUGGAGAAUCAGCAAUUGAGCUUGGCCGAGUCAUCGACCGUGGCCUCAGGGAGAGCCGGGCCGUGGACAUGGAGUCCCUGUGUGUUGUUGCUGGGAAGCAUGUUUGGUCUGUGCGUGUCGACCUUCACAUCUUGGAUAAUGGAGGGAAUCUCAUUGAUGCAGCUAACAUUGCUGCGUUGGCAGCCUUGUCUACUUUCCGGAGGCCUGAAUGCACAAUUGGUGGGGACGAUGGUCAGCAAGUUAUAGUACAUGAUCCUGAGGCCAGGGAUCCAAUCCCUCUUACAAUACAUCAUAUGCCCAUUGCUGUAACCUUUGCAUAUUUUGGUGAAGGUAACAUCGUGGUUGUUGACCCCACAUACAAGGAAGAAGCAGUAAUGGGAGGGAGGAUGACUGCUACAAUUAACUCAAAUGGUGAUAUUUGUUCCAUCCAAAAAGCUGGUGGGGAGGGCGUCAUGUCAAGUGUUGUUAUGCAGUGUUUAAGAAUUGCUUCGGUUAAGGCUGCUGAUAUAACAAGCAAAAUAAAGAAAGCAGUAGACUCAUACACCACUGAGAAAGCUUUAAAGAAAGUAAAGCGUUUGCCAACCUCGUUGCCUCAGAAAAUUAAUGUUACUGAUGUAACUAUGGAGGAUAAAGGUGAUGGUGAAUUGGAAACGCAAACUGUGAAGACACCCAGUGAUGUUCAGGAGAUAAGCAAAGGUGAUGAGGACCAUCGAAAUAUAAAAGGGAAUUUACCCUUGACUGGGGACAGAAUUGCUAAACACAAACAAACAUCAACAUUCAUUGGUGGUCCAUCAAAUUGGGACCCAUAUUCUAAAGGAGUUUCAUUAAGCUCCCUCAGAAUUUCUCAGUUGCCGGAUCCGGCAACUAUGGGUAAGGCCAGCAGCCAUGAGGAUGCCCAACCAAUGUUAACUGAAUCAUCCAAUGCUGAGGUGAAAAGCACAUCAAGCUCUGGGGCUGCUGGAGAGUCAGAAGAGACCCAGGAAACUGGAUCUCCAAAGAGCCUAAAAGAUGCUAUCAAACCAAAACACAAAAGAAAGAAGAAGAAAACUGACAGGAGUUAGAUUAAUCGCAAGCCUAAGGUAAAUCAAAUGAUAGCCUACAACUCCCAUUCAAAUUCUCCUGACUGAUGGCUCUUCUUCGGAGCGGCAUGCUUGAGGGGUUUAUUCUGUGUUUUUAGACGUUACUGAUGCAAGUGACCACAAGCAAAUUUUGUACAAGCUGUAAAAUUGUAUUCUAGGAAUGGUCAAGUUUUCAGUAAACUUUGCAAUUAGCCUUGUGAUGCAUGAUGUCCCUGCUUAUCCUUAUUCGAUGUCAUGCUCGAAUGUUUGUACUGAGCAGCAAUGCUGGAAGCCUGGAAUGGAAUUAAUUUGUUAAGGGCUCAUGCGCUCCACGCUA